UCUCGUGCGCGUCAGGAUCAAAUAGAGGACGACGGAGCCGAGCGCUCACAGUACUGACGGCGCUGCUCCCGAAGUCAAAGACGUAUUUAACGCCGUGUUUCAUUCGUGAUUAAAACAGCGAGCAGAGUGAAGCCAACAUGCGGUUGCUGUGGGUGUUUGGUGCCAUUUUAUUUUGUUUUCACCAAGCCUUUUCGAAGACAGCCAGUUUCAUAAAGUCCCCCAUGUCUCAGAUGAAGUUACUAGAGGACAGUGCAGAGCUGCACUGUGAGGUUAUAGGGAACCCAAUUCCUGAAGUGCAGUGGUGGUUUAUAGAAGGCGAGGAGCCAGACGAGACGGUCUCUCAGCUCUUUGACGGGGCUCGGGACUAUCACGUCCACAUCAACACUACCUACAUUCACCACGCUGCAAGCACCCUCGCCCUCUUCAAUCUCACACUCAACGACACAGGCGUAUAUGAGUGCCGUGCCUCCAAUGAUCCUGACCGAAAUGACCUGAGGACAACACCCAAAGUGAAGUGGAUCCGCUCGCAAGCGAAUGUUAUUGUGUUCGAAAGGGCUGUGAUUUUGCUUGAGCCAAAUGAGGUCAUCAACAAGACGGCUGCUACGCUCAGCUGCAACCUCACCAACCCAGCGUCUCCAGUCAAGGGCUACUACUGGGCCAGAAAUGGCAAAAAAAUUGAGGAAACCUAUAGUGACCUCGGAAUUCUCUACACAGAGUACACCAUUCCUAAGAUUGAUUACCACUCUGCAGGGAAAUAUUCUUGCGUCUUCUUGACUGAGCCGGUAGCGGAGGAGAGUAUCGAAGUCAAGUUUCCUCCACAUGUUGUGCCCUACAAGCACUCUGAGAACAGUAAUGAGAAGGAUAAGGCUGUGCUGGUGUGUGUGGCUCAUAGCUACCCCUUGAUUGUUGACUGGAAAUGGUACAAGGUCACUGAAGAUGAUGUUAAGAAGCCCAUCAAUAGCUCUGAAAAGUAUACGAUCAAGAACAGUCCUAACAAUUCAACGCUGUCCAUCGACGACCUUGACAUGGAGGAAGACAUGGGCGACUAUGAGUGCUUGGGGGAGAAUGAGCUGGGCUUUAAAUCUGCCCAGAUCCACUUGCGUGUGCGCAGCCGCUUGGCUGCCCUCUGGCCCUUCCUUGGGAUCGUUGCUGAGGUCAUCAUCCUUGUCACCAUUAUCUUCAUCUACGAGAAAAGGAGAAAGCCCGAUGAGAUUAAUGACGAUGAUGACUCAGGAUCCGCCCCACUAAAGAGCAAUGCCGCUACAAACCACAAAGACAAGAAUGUGCGACAAAGGAACUCUAACUAGGAGGAGAGCAGGUAACCUGAUGACUACUAAUGAAGAUGCAAGAAAAGAAAGUUGCUGAGUUGCGUUAUCCAGUGCAACCUGCAAUUUCUGAGUAAUUGUUUUGCUCGAGUGUAAAUGUCUUGAUGUUGAUUGGUCUUCUUUUUCCUUUUCCCAGUAUUUGUGUUUUUAAAAAUGGGUUUUAGGGAGGGAGGGGGGGGGGGAGAAAUUGCAUGAUUGUAUUCUUGCUGUAGAAGUGUGUUUUUAGUGAAACCCUUUUAAUGUGGGAAUUAACAAUUGGUGAUUUCUUUCGUGUUGGCUUCCUCCGCUGUCCCUGUUAAUUCUAGCCUGGGUACCAGACUGUGGCGAUCAUCAAACCAGCAUCAUCUAGAACGAAUUAAAUUCCAACCCACACGUUUGUCAGCGGUCAUGACCAGGUUUCUGAUCAGGAUCACUCCUUUUGGAUUAAGGAGAAAUGUGGUCAUUUUGUCCAGGUUUCCUUUUUCUUCUCUCUAAAGUGUCAGCCAGGCAUGUCAACACUAGUCAUUUAACAAUUUGGUUCCCAGGCUGUUGUAAUUUUUGCUUUUUUUUUUUUUUUUUUUUUUCUUUCUAAAAUAU